GUUCUUCUAACAGUGUGUGGAAAUAUGUUCAUCAUCAUCUCUGUUCUUCACUUCAAGCAGCUUCACACACCAACGAACACAUUGGUGUUUUCUCUGGCCGUGUCGGAUUUCCUUGUUGGCGCUUUAGUGAUGCCAACAAUGUUAAUCUGGAUGAUUGAGUCAUGCUGGAUAUUUGGGAGAUUAUUCUGCUUAUGUUUUUUGUUCAUUGGCAGUUUCCUCACAUGCAUAUCUAUUUAUAAUAUUGCUCUUAUUGCUGUGGAUCGGUAUGUGGCUCUUUCAAACCCGUUCCUAUACAUAGACAAGUGUUUUCUCAUUAUAAAUGAGGUUUGGACUUUAAUUGAUCUUGUUUUAUCGUUUAUAUUUCCAUUUUCUGUCAUAAUCAUAUUGUACAGUCUGGUUUUUCUGAUCGCUAAGAAACACGCCACUGCUAUCAGAGAGCUUAAUAAUCACACACGACCUCAAACACAGAAAAUCACCUCCCACUCCAUGAAAUCUGAGAGAAAAGCAGCCAAAGUCCUCGGUAUUUUAGUGUCCGUGUUUGUGGCGUGUUUACUUCCCUAUUAUAUUUACAGUUUAUUAGGUGACGUUAUUGAAAUUCAGGCAGACACUGUUAUGAAAGUUUUGCUCAUACUUUGUCUUAAUUCCACCAUCAAUCCAUUUAUUUACGCUCUGUUUUAUCCGUGGUUUAGGAAGUGCAUUCAAUUAAUUAUAACGCUUCGAAUAUUGCAUACAGACUCUGCAUUAAUCAAUAUUUUUUCAUAA